AUGGCCCUCGCCGCCCGGGAGGGCGCAGGCUCGCGGCGCCGGCUGCCGCCGCGGCACCGGGCGUUGCGCGGGCUGCUGCUUCUCUGCCUGUGGCUGGCGAGCGGCCGCGCGGCCGGGCCUCCGGGGGCGCCACGGUCGGACCUGCACGCGCAGCUCUCGGGCGUGGAGCAGCUGCUGGAAGAGUUCCGCCGGCAGCUCCAGCAGGAGCGGCCGCAAGAGGAGUUGGAGCUGGAGCUGCGCGCCGGCGGCGGCCCCCGGGAGGGCUGCCCGGGCCCGGGCGGCGGCGGCUACAGUGCCAUGCCGGACGCCAUCAUCCGCACCAAGGACUCCAUCGCGGCGGGCGCCAGCUUCCUGAGCGCGCCGGCCGCCGUGCGGGACUGGCGGCAGUGCGUGGCCGCCUGCUGCUCCGAGCCGCGCUGCUCCGUGGCGGUGGUGGAGUUGCCGCGGCGGCCCGCGCCCCCUGCCGCGGCGCUCGGCUGCUACCUCUUCAACUGCACGGUGCGCGGCCGCAGCGUCUGCAAGUUCGCGCUGCACCGCGGCUACAGCAGCUACAGCCUCAGCCGCGCCGCGGCGCCGGACGCUGCGUGGGCCUCGCCCGGACCAGGAAAGGACGAGCCUCCACAAAGCAAAGCUGGACAGAAUGUGGUCUUGCAUCUACCCACAGAUGAGGUAACUUUGGAUGGCCGUGAGAGCACAGAUGACCACGCCAUUGUCCAGUAUGAGUGGACACUGCUGCAAGGGGACCCGACAGUGGACAUGAAGGUGCCUCAGUCAGGAACCCUGAAGCUGGCCCACCUUCAGGAAGGAACAUACACCUUCCAGCUGACCGUGACCGACACUGCCGGUCAGAGAGCCUCCGACAACGUGUCGGUCACGGUGCUUCCUACGGCCCACUCCACGGAAGGGUGCCUGGGUGCUUGCUCGCGCUACCACUUCUUCUGUGACGACGGCUGCUGCAUCGACAUCACCCUGGCUUGCGACGGCGUGCAGCAGUGUCCCGACGGCUCUGAUGAAGCCUUCUGUCAGAACUUGGGCCUAGACCGGAAGAUGGUGACCCACGCGGCAACAAGUCCUGCCCAGCCGAGGACGACAGCGCUGAGUGAAGACGCAGGGGGUGUCUCCUUGUUGGAGAAGUCCCAGGAGGCCACAGCCGCAGACCAGCCAGCUCUGUUGGCAAACCCAGAGAAGAGGAAUCACUCAGCCUCUGCAGGGACGGGGAGCCAGGUCGGCCCUGUGAUGCCAGACAGGAGUUCUUCAGGGAAGAAGAGAAAAGAGGAGAACUAUAUGUUUGAGUCAAAGAGCAGUCGAGGAGAACACCCGGCCCCAGAAACAGGUGCCGUGCUCCCCCUGGCAUUGGGAUUGGCUAUCACUGCUUUGCUGCUUCUCAUGGUUGCCUGUCGACUACGAUUGGUCAAACAGAAACUUAAGAAAGCUCGUCCCAUCACCUCUGAGGAAUCCGACUACCUCAUAAAUGGGAUGUAUCUAUGAUAAAUGGAGCCGAAACAGCGUGCGGUAGGGACACGUCCCACUUACAAUUUACACAUAUAUUAGGUCCUGGCUCUUACGGCCUCUCUUGUUUUUACGUGGGCUAGACUCUGCAAAUUCCAAACCUUUGUCUUUAUUGUAGAUUUUCCUUAGGAAGUACGCAAAAUACUUUAAAGCUUAGGAAGUCGUAUAGUUAGACUUUUAGGAAUCUAAUUCUGACUUACGUAAGCCGUCCCUGGAAAUAGGAAUUUGUAGUCAGCCAGGGCACAGAGUCUGUAUCCCGGGAGACGGUUUUCAGGUGGACAGUGGUGUUUGCCUUUGGUGUCUUAGAAGCCCCCAGCGGCGCCGGCCCCUGGAGCACGGCCACCCCGGGUUCUGUGGUCCUGAUCUUUUCCCCUUCAGAACCUGUUUCUGAGAAUGGGUCUCAAGAGAGCCUGUACCUUUAAUGAGGCGUUACCUUCGGCAGGUGUAUCUGAAGUCUAGACCUCGGAGCAGGUCGUCGGUGCAGCCUCGGGAGGACCACUGUGGAGCCUUCCCAGUGCCUCUGGCAUCAGGCCACCGAGGUCAAGCCGACUUGCGGGAGGAGAAACCCAGAAUUUGGUCCAGAACCCAGCCAUUCAUGGAUAGAGUCACGGUUCCCCGUGAGUCUCUGGCGAUGAGAAGAGAAACACGUAAACUGAAAAAGACAUUGAGUGCAUUUCUGGACACGGCUUUUGUAAAACCAUCACCAUGUCCAAGCGUCAGCAGCUUCCUUCAGCCAGGGCAGUAAUCCCGUGGUUAUUUUUUAUUCCAAAAGUGCAGUCACUGAUGCUAGGCUCAUGUACUUCCGAGCGGAAAGCGACCUUUCAAAGUCAUGCUUACAGAAAGCUGGCGCGUCAGCCCAGCGGCGCUGCCCUUGCCACUGGUGUCUUAAAGGCAGUUUGCUCCGAUCCUCACUUGCUACCAGGUUACACACAUUCUAGAAAUUAUUCUACUGGGAGGGAUGAUCAGUGUGGUGCCUGUCAAAACGCUUAAGUUUUUUUUUUUAAAGUGGAAAAUCUUUUAAAAUACUUGGAAAACACUCUAGGGUCUAUUACACUUUAUUUUUAGACUGAACUUAAGGUAGGUUGUUCCUUUAGCAAAGGGCUUAAUUUGGGGGAUGGAGAAGGGACUUGCACACCAAAAUACAUUCACAAAUGGAAAGUUAGUUCUAGAAGAUCAAAUUAAUUUGGUACCAUUUUUGUUUCAUGAAAAAUUUCAGCAUUUUGUUGAAUGUUUAGAAUGGAGUAAAUUUCUCAAGGGCAGUUUAAAGAAGUGAACUGUGUGAAUGAACUUGAUGUGUGAACUCUGUAAGUGAUGUUGUGCAGUUUGUUUUUAUAUAGAAGGAUAUCACCUAUAGCCAUACUUAAUACAAUAAAAAACUAUUGAGGCAUGCAUCUUUCAGUACAUCUUUUAUACAUGAAAAAAUUAAACACAAUUUAGUAUCUCUAUGGUAUUGGGAAAAGAUGUCCCCUAUCUAUGUAAACGACAUUCCUUUAAUAAAUUGUAUUUUGUUCUUAAGCCU